AUGGAGUAUUUGUCAUAUUCUUCGAUGAAACCCAGGCUGAUUCAAGCUCGAGGCUUUCUAAACUCGCGUUUGUCGGAGUUUGAGCCUCUGGUUCUGCUCUUAGCCCCGCUUCUCACUCUCUUUCUCGCCCAGAUUAUCGGAUCUGUCUUCGGCGUUGUUCACGAGAAAGGCCUGAAAGCAUGUCUCGUUGGUUUUAUCAUGGGAUUCCUCAAAAUGGUUCCUGGUGUUCAAAAGUACAUAGAUGCUGAGAAACAAAAGGUUGUUGAUCAGUUACAAUCUGGUGGCAGUUCUAAGAAAAAGAACCGAGCUGAAGAGUUGCCAGUAAAAGGUCUAGGAGUUGAAGUUCUAGAGAAAAUGGAGAUUGAGAAGAGGAAUGAUGCUACUUGGCAAGGAAAAUGCUCUGGCACUGUAUACAUUGGUGGAAGUGAGUCUGAAGGACAUUUUGCAUUGAUAAAUCAAGCUUGCUCAAUGUUUGCGCAUACGAAUCCAUUGCACAUAGACGUAUUCCAGAGUGUGGUACGGUUUGAGUCAGAAGUAGUGGCAAUGACUGCUGCGUUACUCGGGAGUAAAGAAACGGUUUCAGGAGGGAAAGUAUGCGGAAACAUGACGUCUGGAGGAACAGAGAGUAUAGUGUUGGCUGUGAAGUCGUCUCGUGAUUACAUGAAGUACAAGAAGGGGAUCAAACGGCCGGAAAUGAUUAUAGCUGAAUCGGGUCAUUCGGCUUAUGAUAAGGCGGCUCAGUAUUUUAACAUCAAGUUGUGGCGUGUUCCGGUAGACAAAGACUUCCGAGCUGAUGUGAAGGCAAUGAGGCGGUAUAUUAACAGAAACACCAUCAUGAUUGUUGGAUCAGCACCAGGAUUCCCUCAUGGCAUCAUUGAUCCUAUUGAGGAGCUUGGUCAGCUGGCUCUUAGCUACGGAAUAUGCUUUCAUGUUGACCUUUGCCUUGGUGGUUUUGUGUUACCUUUCGCUCGUAAACUUGGGUACCAGAUUCCAGCUUUUGAUUUUACUGUACAAGGAAUUACUUCAAUUUCGGUUGAUGUGCAUAAAUAUGGUCUGGCUCCUAAAGGGACUAGCACAGUUCUCUACAGAAACCAUGAGAUCAGAAAGCACCAGUUUGUUGCUGUAACUGAAUGGUCAGGAGGUCUAUACGUGUCUCCAACUAUAGCUGGGAGUAGGCCUGGUUCUUUGGUUGCUGGUGCUUGGGCUGCAAUGAUGUCUCUUGGCGAAGAAGGCUACCUAGAAAACACAAGAAAGAUAAUGGAAGCAUCAAAGAGACUAGAAAAGGGAGUAAGAGAAAUCCGUGAAGUAUAUGUCAUUGGAAAGCCAGACAUGACAAUCGUAGCGUUUGGCUCCAAGGAAUUAGAUAUCUUCGAAGUUAAUGACAUCAUGUCUUCAAAAGGUUGGCAUCUGAAUGCACUACAGAGACCCAACAGCAUUCACAUAUGUAUUACUCUUCAACACGUCCCCAUUGUGGAUGACUUCCUCCAAGACCUGCGUGAAGCUGUAGAAACUGUGAAAGCAAACCCAGGACCCAUCACUGGAGGCUUGGCUCCAAUAUAUGGAGCAGCUGGGAAGAUGCCGGAUCGAGGCAUGGUGAAUGAGCUUCUUGUUAGUUUCAUGGACAGUCAAUAUUAA